GGCAGAGCGCGGGCGGCGGCGGUAGGGAACGGACGGCAGCGGUGACUUGCGAUAACCAUGUCUCUCUCCAACAAGCUCACCCUGGAUAAGGUGGAUGUGAAGGGCAAGCGGGUCGUCAUGAGGUGAGCAACCGGGCGGCGGGAAGCUGCCCUUGGAGCCGGCCGCACCCGGUGCGGGCCACGGGGAUGGCGAGGCCCCGGACGCGGUGGCGUUUCUGCGUGCUUCGCGACGAGAGGCGCGUUGCGGCUGCCGGGCGCUUCCCGGUCGCUGUGCAGCACGCGCUGCUUCGCUGCUCGGGGCGCGCUGAAGCCUCGCGCGGGGGGCGCUGCCGAGCGGAGGGCUGCUCGGGGUUGUGCUGCUGCCGCCGCGCUGCCUCGGGGAGCGCCCUGUGCUCUCAGCGCUGCUGGGGUCGGUAGCCGUUCUGUUACACCCCCUGUCAGAAUAAUAGCACGGGAAUGGCGCUCUUCCGCCCGCUCCGUAGAAUUAGUCCCCUGUGCCGUGGGCUGCCAGUUCAGUUUAUUUCUGCUCAUCGCCUCCCGCUUCGCUGGCGGCUUUUGUCCUUCCCCUAUGUCUCCGUGUCGAGCAGGCAGCAAGAAAACUGCAGGAAAACUACUAAACUGGGGUGGUUUUGAUGCAGAUGUGGAAUAAUGAAGGGUAAACUGUAACGUAGCGUUUGACUCUACGUCUAAUACUCCGCUCCAAUCGGUUAGGCAGCCCUUUCCUCCCCGGGAGAAAAAGAUGGUGCUGCUGAGCGGCCGUGCCUGGGCCACGCGCUCCCUGCGUGAGUCAGGGAGGAGAGAAGCUGCUCUGUGAAUAAUUUCUGCCCUGAGCUGUUACACAACCGGCUUCCUGCUGCUCACCACGUGGGCACAAGGUACGCUAGCCGGAGAUGGCUGGCGAAACUCCUCCCCUUUCAUCCUUUCCUCUGCCGUGUGUAGGGAAAGUUACCUCUCCAUAGGUAGGAUCUUCCCGUGGGGAUGUGCUCCAGAGAGAUCAGAGCUGCAAAGAACAGAAAGCUCCCACUCGGCGAUCUGAGAGCAUGGGUUUUAAAAGGAGAAGUGAGGGGCAGCUCGUUCAGCCUUAGUUUUAUUUUCAUCGUCGCCGCUGUGGCGGUGAGAGUUGGGUGGUAUUGAUGGGUUGACUUCAAUGUUCCAAUGAAGGAUCACAAAAUAACCAACAACCAAAGAAUCAAGGCAGCUGUCCCUACCAUCAAGCACUGCUUGGACCAUGGAGCCAAGUCAGUGGUUUUGAUGAGUCACCUGGGCCGCCCGGAUGGAGUUCCCAUGCCUGACAAGUUCUCCUUGGCUCCAGUAGCUGUGGAGCUUAAAGCUCUCCUGGGCAGGGAGGUCUCAUUCCUGAAGGAUUGUGUUGGUCCUGAGGUGGAGAAGGCCUGUGCUAAUCCUGCAGACGGCUCCGUCAUCCUGCUAGAGAACCUCCGAUUCCAUGUAGAAGAAGAAGGGAAAGGGAAGGAUGCUUCAGGGAACAAGAUCAAAGCUGAUGCUGCAAAAGUGGAGGCUUUCAGAGCCUCUCUUUCUAAAUUGGGAGAUGUUUAUGUCAAUGAUGCUUUUGGAACUGCCCAUCGUGCUCACAGCUCCAUGGUAGGUGUUCAUCUUCCUCAGAAGGCUGCUGGCUUCCUGAUGAAGAAAGAACUGGAUUAUUUUGCAAAGGCCCUUGAGAGUCCAGAGAGACCCUUCUUAGCAAUUCUUGGAGGAGCUAAAGUUCAGGAUAAGAUCCAGCUGAUCAGUAACAUGUUAGAUAAGGUCAACGAGAUGAUCAUUGGUGGUGGAAUGGCAUUCACCUUUCUCAAAGUGUUAAACAACAUGCAGAUUGGCAACUCUCUGUUUGAUGAAGAGGGAUCAAAAAUUGUCAAGGACCUGAUGGCCAAGGCAGAGAAGAACGGUGUGAAGAUUACCUUGCCAGUUGACUUCAUCACUGCAGACAAAUUUGAUGAGCAUGCACAGACUGGGGAAGCCACAGUGGCUUCAGGCAUUCCUGCUGGCUGGAUGGGCUUGGACUGCGGCCCUGAAAGCGUUAAGAAGUUUGUUGAAGUUGUGGGAAGGGCCAAACAAAUAGUGUGGAACGGUCCAGUUGGAGUCUUUGAAUGGGACAAGUUCUCCAAAGGAACCAAAGCCUUGAUGGACAAAGUGGUGGAAGUAACUGGAAAGGGCUGCAUCACCAUUAUUGGUGGUGGAGAUACUGCUACAUGCUGUGCGAAGUGGAAUACUGAAGAUAAAGUUAGCCAUGUUAGCACUGGAGGUGGUGCCAGCCUGGAACUGCUAGAGGGUAAGGUUCUUCCUGGCGUGGAUGCCUUGAGCAGUGUGUAGAGGACAGCGUAUCACCCCAGUUCCUGUUCCUGUGCACAGCCCCUGAGAUUCAACACUUCAACACUUCUAUGCUUCUGUAUUUCAACUCUGCGAUAGGCAGACCACAGAAUGUAAACCGAAACUGGAAAGGAUUUGAGAAGACGCAGAGAUAUUUUAUGGCUGCAGUUUACAUGAUCUGGAUUUGUUCACUCUUAUCCCACUUGAAUUAACGUAGUGCAUUUCAACUGUUGUUGUGGAUUUAGAGUGUAUAUAUUUAUAUUUUGCCUUUUCAAAGAGAUUAAUCCCUCUUAGAUAUGUCUGUUUCUCAGAAGGGAGUGCACCGCGUAGCUUCUUCCAUGUUCCUAGCAGGCAUUUCCGUCACUUGACACGGUUCAGAAACAAAAGGGGACUCCAGUUUUUUGGAGGCUGACUGUAAUAGCUGCUGAAUAAACGUAUUUAAAAUGCUAA